AAAUUUUUUAUGAAAUCCCUAUUUUAUGAAAUUCCUAAAUCAAUAAGCCCACUAGAAUUCCUGCCCUUAUAAAUAACUGCCUCCGCCAAACUUUCGUUCCACGUCUGAAUUGUUUGCCAACCGAAUCAGUUCUUCAAAUACAAAAUGUCUCAAACCAACCUACCUUUUAAAGAUGGUCAAACUGUUGAAGUAAGAUCCUUUGAACCUGGAUAUCGUGGAGCUUGGUUUCGGUGCAAGAUAGUAAGGAUAUACAUAGUGGAGAGGAAAUUGUACUACAGCUUAAAGUAUCUUGAUUACGAAGAAGAAGAGAUACAUGAGCAACAAGUCUUUCAGCGGUUUGGAGAUGAGGAGAAAGAGUGGAUAAUGGUUCGACCCUCAUACCCAUCAGUCCAUAAAGUCAAGGCUGACCAAGAACCUAUUGACGUCGCUCAUGGCUCUUGGAAAGUAGGAGACUUAGUUGAUUGGCAUAAAGAUGAUUGUUACUGGUCUGGAACGGUUUUUGGCAAUCAAGAACAAUGAUGCAUUACAGGUUGAACUGUAUCCUCCACCAUGUGGUGAAGGAGAGGCUUACAAUGCUUUGAGCACGGACUUACGUCCAUCAUUGGAAUGGUCACUUGAAAGUGGCUGGAAAUAGCAUUCUACGGCUAGUUUGUAUUUUGAUAUGUGAUUUCGAUGUCAUUUUUUAGAUUUGUCCAUGAACUUUGUUGAAUCUGUAACUUGACUAACUUAAGAUCUUAAGUCUUUAUGGUCAGUUCAGAUUAGGAACUUUGCACAUGAUUGGUUAAGUUUAUUUUAUUUUUUAUUUUUACUACAAAAUGCCAUUAUAUUACUUA